CUCCAUCCCUGCAUGCCGGCGCGAGGCUUCACCAUGAAGUGGCUCUGGCUCCUGGGGCUGGUGGCCAUUGCUCGGGGCCUGGUGACCAAGUGAGUAGGGUGGGAAGGCACCGCAUGUGGCAACAGGUCCCCGUGGGGGGCUUGGGGUGAAGUCUCUGGCUCUGCUGCACCCCAAGCAUAGGACACUGGAUGCAGCCCACACUUUGGGCCAGGGAAGGCAGUGCCUGCCCCCGAUGGCUAGCACUGGGUCCUAUCCUGACAUGCUGGAGGUGAACUGCACUGUGUGCAGGGCUGGGCUGUCGCUCACUCAUUAUCACUACCUUCUUCACUGGAAAUCACCUGGCUAAACCCAAACGGUGGCUCCUUGGAGGCACAGAUCUGGCUUUUUGUCAUUUUCCCGGGCAAAAAUGAGGUCUGGGAGACUGCUUUCUGGGGAACCAUCCAACCUUAGUGCCUUAUAAGCAAACUUCUUCCAGGAAUUUGCACAUUGCUUGCGAUCAGUUCCCCGAAAAGCCCUGACCAGAAGCAAGGAAAAGCCAGUUCUUGCUGCCUGGAGACAUGUCUCUCCCCCUGUCUUUAACUUCAGCCUUCUCUCUCAGGGUCAGCCUGAUGAAAAGGAAGCCCCUGAGACAAACUCUUAUGGACCACGGCUUGCUGGAUGACUUCCUGACCAAACACCCACCUUCUCUGCCUGCCAAGUACCUCCUCACCACAGAUGCCACCGAGCCCCUGAGAAACUACAUGGACUUGGAGUACAUGGGCACCAUCUCCAUCGGCACCCCGGCCCAGGAGUUCACUGUCCUCUUCGACACGGGCUCCGCCAACCUGUGGGUGCCCUCAGUGUACUGCUCCAGCGAUGCCUGUGCUGAUCACCGGCACUACAACCCAGCACUGUCCUCCACCUACUGCAAUGCUACCGGCAGCAUCUCCACCUUGUAUGGCACCGGCAGCAUGAUGGGCUACCUGGCCUAUGACACCGUCCAGGUUGGGGGCAUCCAGGUAUCUAACCAGAUCUUUGGGAUCAGCAAGACUGAGCAUGGCUCCUUCUUCUCCUAUGCGCCCUUCGACGGCUUCCUGGGACUGGCCUUCCCCAGCAUCUCCUCCUCUAGGGCCACCCCAGUUUUUGACAACAUGAUGAGCCAAGGCCUGGUGUCCCAGGAUCUUUUCUCCAUCUACUUGACUCCCGAUGGGAAGAACGGCAGCUUCGUGAUGUUUGGUGGCAUUGAUGACACCUACUUCACUGGGAACCUCAGCUGGAUCCCUCUGACCGCAGAAACCUACUGGCAAAUCAAAGUGGACAGCAUCACCAUGUAUGGCCACCCCAUUGCCUGCCCCUACGGCUGCCAGAGCAUCGUGGACAGCGGCACCUCACUGGUGGCCGGACCUGCUGCUGGCAUCAACAACAUCCAAUAUAAAAUUGGUGCUGUGCAGGCAAGCAACAGCUUGUACAUGGUGAACUGCAGUUUCAUCAGCCGCCUGCCUGACAUCAUCUUCAUCAUCAACGGCAUCCAGUUCCCGCUGCCACCCCAGGCCUACAUCCGCCAGAGUGGCUCCUGCAUGAGCAGCUUCGAGGUCUUCGACCUCCACGUGGCGGACAACGAGCUCUGGAUCCUGGGGGACAUCUUCCUGCGCCGCUACUACAGCGUCUUUGACAGGGCCAACAACAUGGUGGGGCUGGCGCCCACCGCAUGAGCCUGCCACCGUGGCACAAUAAAGGGCCGCUGACCCCAGUCCUCUCUGGGGCCGGGCAGUGAGAGCAGGUCCACGAGUUGUCCCAUCCCAGAUGUACCCCAGC